AUGGCGAAUGAUUCUUGUGUAUUUGGCGUUUUAGAUAUGGCCUGGCUACUCAAAAAACCGCAUCUUGUAGCACACAAGUUUUACUUGUUUGUGCAGCCUGCUGCCUAUUUUUGUAUUUACAAAAAGGUGCGAGAGCGGGCUUUGGACAGUAACUGGACUUUCGAUGAUAAAAUGUAUGGUGAUUUACCAGGACCACGGAUGACCCGAGGCGAAAGUGUUCAGGAGUGGUUUGAUAAGAAAGCUAGCUAG